AUGUCUUCCAUAGGGUUUAGCUAUGCACAGGUACACGUGAAGCAAGAGAGACUGAGGAGGAAGAUCAGCGACGGCGAGAAGGCCGCGGCAACGACCACGAUGAGCAAAUUCAUGGCUGGCGAAGAAGGGCAGAGGAAGAAGGGCUCUAUGGGUGAAGAGGAGAAGAAGGCAGCUUGCAACUCAUGGACCGCAGGGAGGGUGCAUCCAUUCGCGUCUUCUCCGGCGGCUGCGGCGCCAAAGGGUGGGCACCGAUGA